AUGAGUUGUCACAUAUGCACAUCUGCCAACCCCCGCUUGCCAGUUCUCUGCCUGACAUGUGCCCGCAAUCGUUUGUAUCCGCUGCGCCUCGAACACACCCAGAUCCUUCUUGAAAAACAGACCCUAUGCAAUCAGAUUGAGAACUUGGUCACCAACGGUGAUUCUCUUAACCGGCAUUUUCAGACUGAGAUAGAAACCUCUGAAACUGAUCACAGCAGCUCUCGUCGCUGGGCCCUCCAAGCAGUCUUAAGUCAGCAAGCUGGCUCGGUCUCCAGGAAAAAAGAUGUGACGCAUCAUAUAGAAACACUGAGAGGGGACAUUGAGGCGAAAAGGGCUGAUAUCUUGGAGCGCAAGGCGCGGUUGGCUCGCAGGCGUUCUGAUGCCGAAUCGGCCCAGUACCAACUUGGGGAGCGGGAGGCUAUCAUCUUGACAGGCUUACAAAACACCACCAAAAGAACCGAGCAUCUCUGGCACACAUUACACAGUAAAACGGCAGAAGCUCGGAUUUUCCUCUGUCGCGAGGCGGCCCAUCUGUAUGGCUUGCGGCAAAGAGCAGCAAAGAAAAGCGACGCUAGCCAAACCUACGUUCUCGGAGGCCUAGCAAUUGUAGACCUUCGGGACAUGAAUGGAAAGAUCUCCAUAGUCCCUACAUCAUUUUAUGCAGGUUCCACACCAGCUCAGAUAUCCACUUCACUCUCCAACGUUGCCCUACUCCUAGUCCUCGUUUCGCAUUAUCUUUCACUGAGACUCCCCGCUGAAAUCACUCUACCUCACCGAAACCACCCCAAUCCAACCGUAUAUACCCCCGCCGCAUCAUACGACUCCCAUAAAGCCUCAGAGGGAAGCCAGGUUUCUCGGCCUUCAUCAACUCCUUCCGGGUCCCGGUCUACGGAUACACGCUCGCAGCCGCGGCCAAGGCCACUGUUCAUCGAUAAGUCUCUCCCACGUCUAGCCAAAGAAGACCCCGCCACCUAUGCUCUCUUUCUUGAGGGUGCCACACUCCUUGCUUGGGACGCUGCAUGGCUGUGCCGGACCCAAGGCAUCAACCUAGCUUCCGACUCUUGGGAAGAAGUCUGUAACAUUGGAAGUGGGCUAUGGCAACUAUUGGUUGCCCCACCAGCUCAGACAUCCACUUUGAUGCGGGCUUUCGCCGGGCGGGACACGCAGACCAAGGUGAAACCUGUUAAAGAUAUUCCCCAGACCACAAUUCAGCGCAUGAAAUCAUUCCCUAUGCUCGGGCAUUAUUCUCACGGCACCGUUCAUUCAUUUUUGGGUGCAUCUGAGGGUUCUGAUUUCAUGCGAACAUGGAAGCUACCAACUCCAACCAAGAUUGCGGAUAAGUUGAAGUCCAAUCUCCUUGGCGAGAUGGCCAGCGCAGAAUGGGAGUUGUUGGAAGAACAGGAAUGGGAUGACGGGACUUUAGAACCUCAUCAAUCAUCAGCUCCAGAGAGCAAAGCCACACAUUCACCCAGAGUCUACGAGCCAAAUGAGGAAGUUAAUAAUCAAUCAUCAAGACCAAAGGGCACAAGUGGCUGGACGAAACUGAACAGUAGAUGA